GUUUUAACUCCUCCGUAGCAAUUAAUCUCAAGAAUUUGUGCUGAAAGAAAAAAUCUCUUUGUGUCAUGUCGGGCAACAUUGCGCGUUCUUCCCGUUCCACGCGACGUACUGCAAAGAAAACCUCAAGAACAACAUCCGUGACUAGUGGUGGUGGUAAAGGCCAGCUACACCGAUUUCGUGUGGAUAGUGUUGAAGAUUCGGAUUCCACGGAGAAGGAAUCAUCGUCGGAUGAGGAGGAGCGCUGGAAGGAUACCAAUAGGGCUAGUGAUCUCCCUUCGGAAUAUUGGCACAUCCAGAAGUUGGUCAAGUACAUCAAAGCCGGGAAUCAAACAGCAACCAUUGUCGCUCUGUGCUGCCUAAAGGAUUACGACCUCACCACGCAGAUUAAUCAGCUGGCAAUCCAGGACAUUGGUGGACUUGAGGUUCUUGUAAAUCUCCUCGAGAGUAACGACAUUAAAUGCCGUCUAGGCGCUCUUACUGUUCUCUCCGCAAUCUCCCUCAAUACGGACAUCCGGCGAACAAUUGUGGAUCUCGGUGGGAUACCUCUCCUCAUCCACAUUCUAAAUGAACCAAUGCGUGAUCUCAAAACAAUGGCAGCGGAAACUGUGGCAAAUGUAGCGAAAGUUCGCCUGGCAAGGAAGCUGGUGAGGAAAUACAAUGGGAUACCACCUCUUGUAGAUCUCCUGGAUGUUCCAAUGCGUUGCCUCGUAACUGUAUGGGAUAAUCUAAAUGAGGAUGAACAGGCAGUGCUGACAAUGGCAAAGGCAGGAGCCAGAGCUCUGUGGUCUCUCUCCGAAUCCCGACACAACAAGGAGCUAAUGAGGCGCUAUGGAUUAGUCCCUCUCAUGGGAAAGCUCCUCAAGAGUGUCCACAUUGACAUCGUAGUGCCCAUCAUGGGAACUGUUCAGCAAUGCGCAUCGCAGCCGAGCUAUCAGCUUGCCAUCACGACGGAAGGAAUGAUUUCAGACAUUGUGAGUCACUUAAAUUCUCAGAAUCUCGAACUAAAGAUGCAGUGUAGUUCGGCAAUUUUCAAAUGCGCCAGCGAUAGGGUAGCCAGUGAUAUGGUGCGGGAGGCUAUGGGAUUAGAUCCACUCGUGUCCAUUCUCAAGGAUAAGACAGUGCGGGAGAAUAAACCCCUCCUGGCGGCUGCCACGGGAGCCAUAUGGAAGUGUGCAGCAUCAGAUGCGAACAUGAAGCGCCUGGAUCAGCUGAAAGCCAUCACAAUUCUCGUGCAGCUACUAACGGAUGAGAAUGACGAAGUGCUGACCAAUGUUGUGGGAGGGAUUGCGGAGUGUGUGAAAUUUCCCAAUAAUCGGGAAACACUGAGAACAUCCGGUGGGUUGCCACUACUUGUGGACUUGUUGAAUGCCACGCAUCCACCAUUGCUAGAGAAUGUUGCCAAGGUGCUCAAGGAAUGCGCCCAGGAGCCAGAAAGUAUGAAAAUUCUGGAGGAUUUGGAUGCAAUCCGGCUCCUGUGGUCACUUCUGAAGAAUCCCAAUCCCCAUGUUCAAGCCUACGCUGCGUGGGCUAUGUGCCCAUGCAUUGAGAAUGCUCAUGAAUCUGGUGAAUUGGUGAGGAGCUUUGUGGGAGCUUUGGAGCUUGUAGUUGGUUUGCUGAAAUCCAAGGAUAAUCUCGUGCUGUCCGCGGUGUGUGCCGCUAUUGCCACCAUUGCCAAGGAUAAGGACAACCUGGCAGUUCUCUCGGAUCACAAAGUCAUCUACAUGCUGGCAGAAUUAGUUCACACCACGGAUGAUCUUCUGCGGGAGAAUUUGGCAGCAGCUAUAGCCAGUUGUGCUCCAUACGGCAAAAAUACUCACGAAUUGGGGAGAUUGAAGACAGUCACGCCCAUUGUGGGCUACAUGGUCAGUUCAAAUCCCAGAGUUCAUCGAACAACAGCAAUGGCCCUUGAGAAGCUCUCUGAAGACCCACAGAACUGCAUCACAAUGCAUCAAAGUGGUGUUGUACCGUUCCUGCUGGAAACCGUCGGCUCCAGGGAUCGUGCCCUUCAGGAAGCCUCAGCAGGAUGCUUGCAGAACAUCCGGAAACUCGCUUUGCGUGCCCAGGAACACCUUCUCGGCGUUGAGCUCUAAAAAAACGCGCGAAAAUCUUGAGCUAAACUCUAGGAAAUCCCGGGUUUGUGUCUCAACUGUGUGUAGGAGAAACAAAAAGAAAAGCAGAAUGAUGCAGUCAACGGAUACAUUAUAUAUUUAUUUCUUAACAUUAUAUAUCUUACAUCAAAACACUAAACAUUCUCCUUAUAGCCAUGAACACGGGAAUUACAGAUUAGAUAUAUUCAAUGUAUCCAUAGUGAUAAUAAGCUUAUCUUUUCCCCUUUUUUUUCAAAUUGACUCGAUGGGAAAAUGAUUAAGGAAAAACCACAAAGGGGCAAAUUCAUUUACUGCCCAAACGUGUGAAUUUUCUCCAACAUUCCCACACGCAAUGUCUUCUUUAAAAUUGUACUUUACAAUGUUAAUUAAAUUCAAAUAAAAUACGACCACAAUUCUGGAGAAAAUGAUGACUCGCGAGGAAAGCUGGAAAAGAGCUGGGUGUAGUGCAGAAAAUUUGAAAUACAAACGUUUACUCUCUAAAGGGUGUCUCGCUGUAACUGACGUAAUUUUGCAGAAGGAAUAAUUUGAGUUUUAACAAAUUCUUAAGGGAUUCUAAGGCAUUUUUUUAGUGAAUCAUUUAUGAUACAAAAUAUUAAAAUUUAAUUUAAUAAAUCUCUCAAUAGGAAUGCUAAAAGUACGAACACAAUAAUUCAGGAAUUAAUUAAUUCUAGAAUUUUAGCAAGAGGAUUAUUUUUCUUAAUUUUUUUUGCUAAUCUUUAAUCAAUUGGAAAAUCUACUAAAGCCUAAUAGACAAUUUUCAUAAUAUGUAAAAAUAUAAUUUUCUAUGCAGAAUGUUGAAUAAAUCAAAAGCUUUCACAAGAAAAGCUUAAAGUUUUAUUAAAAGAUAGUUUGAAUGAAAGUAAUCGACUGAGCUAUAGUUCCUUAUUUUUUUAAAGGUUGAAUGCUUUGUCAGAUUAACUUAAAAAAAUCUAUAUUUUAAAAUUUUUUAAUUCAUUUUCUUUUGGCAAAAAUAUUUUUAAAAGCACUCGAAUUGAGGAGAUAAAAAAAUAUUUUUUUUUAUUCUUUAGCUUGUAAUAUCUAAAUAUUAAACACCGACAUGACCACAGAGUUAAUAAACUUUACAUCAUUUACUCUAUUCUAUAUUUGGUUUAAAAUUUAAGAUAAUGAAGCGUAAGAAUUUGCCUAAACUCCUAAAGAAUUUCACAAAAAGAAAUUUUAAAAAAUCAAUAAUUUUUCUUUGAACAUUUUAGUGAAAAAAAUCUGUCAAAUCUCAAUCUUUAAGAUUCAUUAAAAUUACUUAAUUAUUCCCAUUAAAUUUAUCACUUUAAUCCAAAUAUUUUCCAUCAUAAAAAAAUAUUAAUUUACUAAAGAAAGAAGAAGUUCAUUUUUUCUGGUCUUGUAACUCUCAAAUUAAAUAUUAAAUCGUUGAUUCUUAUUCAAUAUUACUUAAUUUAAAUUUUAAUUCAUCACGACUAACGAACCGUGUGGACUCACAGAGCUUUCCCAAUUUAAUUUCGUUUUGCAAUCCCCCGAAUACUAAAUCAAUAUUUUAAAGACAAAUUUCUGAGAAAGGACCAAGGAUCCAUUCUUGUCGUUGUUGUAAAGAAAUUCCUUUUGCAAUUAAAAGGCAAAACUCCCCGCGCCGCCCCCCCCCCCAAAGCUACUAUCCCAAGUUUCCAUCACGAGACAUCUGUAGCCCCCGGAAUUGUGGGUCGAAUGUAUGGGAAA